GCCCGCAAUUUCAAAACGAGGCUUUAGGGGGGCGGGGUCUUGAGCCCUUUUAUUAGGCACCUCCACUCCUCUUCCCCCUCAGAAGGCAGGAAACGUCUUUGUGGAAGAUGGGUGUCUACCGCAUCCGCGUGUCCACGGGGUCCUCGCUCUUCGCGGGCUCCAGCAACCAGGUGCAGCUGUGGCUGGUGGGCCAGCACGGGGAAGCCGAGCUCGGGAAGCGCCUGCGGCCAAUGCUGGGCAAGGAGACGGAGUUCCAGGCGGACGUGAAGGAGUACCUGGGGCCGCUGCUGUUCGAAAUAAUGCGCAAAAGGCACUUCCUGCAGGAUGACGCCUGGUUCUGCAACUGGAUCUCCGUGCAGGGCCCUGGGGCCGGUGGGGACGAGUUCAGGUUCCCGUGCUACCGCUGGGUGGAGGGCAAUGGCGUCCUGAGCCUCCCCGAGGGCACAGGCCGCACGUUGGUAGAGGACCCUCAAGGCCUGUUCAAGAAACACAGGGAGGAGGAGCUGGAAGAGAGAAGGAAGCUGUACCGAUGGGGUAACUGGAAGGAUGGGCUGAUCCUGAAUGUGGCUGCGGCCAAUUUAUGUGACCUCCCGCCAGAUGAGAGGUUUCUGGAGGACAAGAGAACUGACUUUGAGACUUCACUGGCCAAGGGCCUGGCCAAAUUAGCCAUCAAAGACUCUCUAAACGUUCUUGCUUGCUGGAAUGAUCUGGAUGACUUCAACAAAAUCUUCUGGUGUGACCACAGCAAGCUGGCUGAGAAGGUGCGGGACUCCUGGAAGGAGGAUGCCUUCUUUGGGUACCAGUUUCUCAACGGCGCCAACCCCAUGCUGCUAAGGCGCUCCAGUCGCCUUCCUGCCCGCCUGGUGUUCCCUUCUGGGAUGGAGGAGGUGCAGGCCCAGCUGGAGCAGGAGCUGCAGGGAGGCACGCUGUUUGAAGCCGACUUCUCCCUGCUGGAUGGGAUCAAGGCUAACGUCAUCCUAUGUAGCCAGCAAUACCUGGCUGCCCCUCUGGUCAUGCUGAAACUGCAGCCUGAUGGGAAACUCUUGCCCAUGGUCAUCCAGGUGAGAGGACCCAGGAUUUCUGCUCCCCUGUGGUUGGCCCUCUCAGCUCAGCCCUUCACGGAAAUUCACUAAGGAUUCACCUGUGCU